GGGAGACCGGAUAUAGUGAAUGCGGGGUCCGGGGAGAGCGGAUAUAGUGAAUGCAGGGUCCGGGGAGAGCGGAUAUAUUGAAUGCGGGGUCCGGGGAGACCAGAUAUAGUGAAUGCGGGGUCCGGGGAGAGAGGAUAUAGUGAAUGCAGGGUCCGGGGAGAGCGGAUAUAGUGAAUGCAGGGUCCGGAGAGAGCGGAUAUAGUGAAUGCAGGGGUCCGGGGAGAGCGGAUAUAGUGAAUGCGGGGUCCGGGGAGAGCGGAUAUAGUAAAUGCGGGGUCCGGGGAGAGCGGAUUUAGUGAAUGCGGGGUCCGGGGAGA